AUGUAUCCGAUAAGUGAUGCAAACAAUACAAAAUUCGUCUUAGAUCGAAUAAACCAAGUGGAGAAAUACUUAGGCUCCAUAUGUGUUCAAUUUGGUAAAGUUUGUCGAAAAGAAGCGCGAUUACGCGAUUGUAAUGAUGCAUUUGUUCAAAAUAUUUUUGAAUUUGCUGAUCGGGAACGAUUAAACACAUCGUUACGAGAAAGUCUCCAACAAUAUGCUAGUUAUUUGUCAGCCGUUGAAGAUUACCGAAACACGCUUAUUUCACGUAUAGAAACACAAAUACUAGAACCACUUGCAAAGUAUGGAGAAAUAAUGAAACUGAAACGCCAAGCCGUUCAAAAAGCGAUUGCUGCACGAGAUAAAGGUGUUCAGCGACAACGUAAAUUACAACAAACAACCGAUCGCCAUCCGGGUGAUCGUGAUACCAUCGUAGCAAUGCAGGUCAAUGCUGAACACGCGCAAACUGAAGCAUCGCGAGCUGACAACGUUGUACAAGAUGAAAUUGAUAAGUUCGAAGAAAUGAAACUUACAGAUUUAAAGAAAUACUUUACUGAUUUUACUCUAAUCCAAUUGGCAUUUCAUGCUCGUGCUAUGGAAAUGUAUACACAUGCUCAUCAACAGUUGAUGAAUAUUAAUAUUGCACAUGAUCUCGAAGAAUUUCGUACUGCUGCACCAUUUCAUCGUCUCCAUCCAUCACAACGAAGCGUUAGUGAAUUAGCUUUGAGUGAUCCGCGACGUCAAGGUACAGGCGAUCUUCGUGCUGGUCGUUCAGGUUCGUUGAGUGCGUUACCACGCGCUCAUAAUCCAGAGUUUGGUUCACAUCAUAGUUUACCUGUGGAUAGUAAUCCUUACCGAAGUACUGGUCAUAAAUCUCAUUCAGCACAUGGUGCUACACAUAGUACAUCCAAAAAUAAAACAACAGGUAAAACAAGUACGGGUAAAAUCAACGAUGCUGAAUCAUAUUCAUCAGACUCGAGCUCAUCAGGUUAA